AUGAACACUUCCAUCUUCUCAUGGCUUGUUCUUUCUAUAUCCACCAUCUCCAUCUUCUCCGAUGUUGCUACGGCUUCAGCUUCAGCCCGGUGUCCCGGCAUCGACCAAAGAUCGCUCUUGCUCGAGCUGAGAGACAGCCUCGUCUUCAACGCCUCCCAGUCCUCCAAGCUAGUAUGGUGGAACCGAAGCGCUGAUUCAUGGAGUGGCGUGACGUGCAAGGACGGGCUCGUCGUGGGACUCGAUUUGAGCAGUGAGUCGAUCUCUGGCGGAAUCAACAGUUCGUCGAGCCUCUUCAGGCUCGAGUUCCUUCAAAGCCUGAACUUGGCGUUCAACGAUUUCGACUACUCAGCGAUUCCGUCUGGCCUCGCGAAUCUCAGCCGCUUGGUACAUCUCAACUUGUCCAAUGCUAGAUUUGACUGGCAGAUUUCGGCGGAGCUAUCGCGCCUGACGAAGCUACGUACUCUUGAUCUCACUAGUCUUUAUUACUAUGGAUCGGCUUUGCUGGUCCUUGAGAAGCCCCCUUUGAGGUCGCUGAUUGGGGAUAUGGGGGAGUUGAGAGAGCUGUACCUUGAUGGGGUCGAUGUGUCUGUUGAGGGAAGUGAGUGGUGCGACGCGUUGUCUUCUUCAGUGCCGAAACUUGAGGUGUUGAGCAUGUCUUCAUGUUCUCUAUAUGGUCCUAUCGGCGCUUCUCUUAUGAGUCUGGCUAAUCUGUCGGUCAUUCGACUCGAUGACAACAACUUGUCUACCACAGAUCCUAGUAUCUUAGCGAAAUUUUCCAGCUUGAAAACUCUGAGCCUAAGUGAUUGUGGCCUACAGGGGGAAUUUCGUCAAAAAAUCUUCCGGGUACAAACACUUCAGACCCUUGACCUCUCAUUCAACGAACUGCUUCAGGGUUCUUUGCCAAUAUUUCCGGAGAAUAGUUCUUUUCAGACACUGGAUCUUAGUUUCACAAAUUUUUCCGGGAGGCUCCCAGAUUCAAUUGAUUUGGAAACACCUCUUGGCAAUCUUACUAUGAGUAUGCUUUUCGUUGACCUCCAUUCAAACAAGCUCCGAGGGAAUAUGCCACCCUUGCCGGCAUAUGCUUACUACUUGGAUUUCUCAAGUAACAGCAUAAAUUCUGUUAUUCCAGAUGACAUUGGCAACAACCUACCAUACAUGAUGUUCUUCUCCCUUUCGAAGAAUAAUAUCCAUGGGUCCAUCCCGCAGUCUAUUUGCGCAGCUGGUUAUUUUAAUAAUCUCGAAGUGCUCGACUUAUCGCAUAACCAUUUGAAUGGAACUAUUCCUGAUUGUUUAAUGAUUGAGUCCCUCAAGGUAUUGAAUCUGAGGGAUAACCAGUUGAAUGGUAAUAUUCCACAAAACAUCCUGAGAACAUGCAAUCUGAAGACAUUGGAUAUCAGUGAGAAUUUGUUGCAAGGGCAUAUUCCGUUGUCGUUGGCAAAAUGCACGAUGUUGGAGAUUGUGAACAUCGGGAACAAUCAAAUAGACGGGACAUUUCCAUGCUAUUUCAAGGCUAUAUCAAGUCUUCGUAUCCUUGUUUUAAGAUCCAACAAAUUGCAUGGGGAAAUUAGAUGUCCGCAUAGUCCAAGCACCUGGCAGAUGCUUCAAAUCAUUGACCUGUCUUCAAACGAUUUCCGCGGAACACUGCCUACAAGUCUCCUCACAUCUUGGGCGGCUAUGAAGGCCAAUGUAGACUUCAAUCGUCUGCAGUAUCAGUUUUCCCAACUGAGUGGGGUCUAUUAUCAAGAUACAAUAAGAGUAACUUCGAAAGGUUUUCAGCUAGAACUCGUCAAGAUUAUGACUGUUUUCACAUCGAUUGACUUCUCAUGCAAUAAAUUGGAGGGUGCAAUACCAGACACACUUGGAGAUCUCAAAGCACUUCAUGUCCUCAACCUAUCGCACAAUGCCAUCUCGGGUACAAUUCCUCCUGUUUUGGGGAAUCUGGGUCAGCUUGAGUCGCUAGACCUGUCAGGCAACUACCUCAAUGGAACCAUACCGGCUCAGCUUGCAAAUCUAAAUUUCCUCUCCUCCCUGAACCUCUCAAACAAUCAACUAGUAGGAAGUAUCCCGACAAGCGGACAGUUUCUCACGUUUUCCAGAAGUUCUUUGGAAGGAAACCUUGGAUUGUGCGGGCUUCUGCUCAACAGAAAUUGCUCAAUUACCACGACCUGGACGAAAGAUGCUGGUGACGAUGGCGACAAUGAUGAUAGCGAGAAGAAGUGGUUUUACAUGGGCAUACCGCUUGGGUUUGUCGUUGGCUUCUGGGAGCUCCAUGCCAUGGCGGAGCUUGAUCUGCCAGAUCUGGGGUUCGAGCUCGGUGCUGCGAUGGAGCUCGAGCUCUCCAGAUCUGGGGGCUCGAGCUCGUCGCCGUGGCGGAGCUCAAGGUUGUCGAGGUCGACGGCAAACAAAGCAAGCGAACAGAGUCUAACGAUGCUGACAUCAGAUUUGGCGUUGAACACAUUUCUUGUGUGGGUGAUGAAUAAUGUCCCCGUAAGCAAGAAUAAUGUCCCCGUAAGCAAUAAUAAUAUAAUGUUUGCAAUUUAUGAACGAGGCUAG